AUGCGUGCCUCUACCUUCUUCGCUGCCGCCGCCGCCCUGGCCACCACCGUCUCGGCCGGCAUGGUCCCUACCUUCGCUAAGCGCUACAACAUCACCCAGGCCUGGGGCGAGUGGGAGGUCACCAACUUCACCGCCAGCAGCCACCCGUCCAGCUCGAGCAUCGACUUCCUCAUCUUCUGGGACAAGGGCAACUCCGGCCCCGUCCACUGCAACGCCAACGGUUACUCCGUCGGCGGCGAGGGCAACUGGUACGCCUGCGAGUCCAACAACACUCCCAGCGGCAACUUCCACUUCAGCCUCAACCAGGACUGGAACAACCUUUCCCUCUCUCAGGACAUGUACCAGAUCGGCUCCAUCGUCCACCUGAACGGCAGCGCUCCCUUCGAGAUCAAGUGGGGCUUCAGCACUGCUGGCUCCGAGGCCACCGCCGACCCCUUCUACGUCCCCGUUCUCUCCGAGUCUCACACUCUGCCCAACGGCACCACCACUGCUCCCGAGUUCUCUUCCAGGAAGUAA